CGGCUUAGUCAUAAACAAAAUGAAUUUCAAAGCGAUAACAUUGGCAAUAGUUCUACUUAUUGCUGCGGAGCAAUGUCGGGCGAAAAAUAUUCUUUGCCUACUGGGAGUUGGUACCCAGACGACCAAUAAAUGGAACUAUGCCCUGCUCAAUGAACUGGAACAACGAGAUCAUCACCUGACAGUGGUCACCUCAAAUCCAGCCAAUGAAUUCGAAGACUCUUUUCUCAAUGCCGAAUUUAUACACCUGGAAAAAACCCAAACAUUUCUCCGGCAACGCUACGAAGCUCUGACCCAUGCGGAGUUGUUGCACCAGUCCACCUGGAAGUUUGUCGUUCAUUGGUAUGACAGACAGAUGGCCACAUGUCGGGCUAAUCUCGAAUCAAUUGGUUUUUCAGAGGCUCUGCACUUGGCUGUCAAAGAGAAACGCCAAUACGAUCUGAUUAUUUACGAUGUCACAUAUGGAGCAGGUUGUUUGUUGCAUUUGGCCUAUUUGUUUGGCCAGACGCCAAUAGUUGGCCUUGCCAGCGGGCAUUUGAAUGUUCAAAAUUUGUUGCCGCUGUCGGUAGCAGCAGGUGAGCUAUUGAAUCCGUCACUGCACCCGUAUGUUUUGAGCGAUUUCGGCCGGGAUAUGAGCUAUUGGCGACGUUGGCAUAAUAAUGCGCUGUAUGCUUUCGAUUAUUUAUAUCGAAAGUUACUGGUAAACCCCGUGAUUGAAGGCAUCUGGUCCACGAAUAUGCAAUCGAAGAGCAUCGUCACGCCCAAGAAGUUUGAUAAAUUAUUACCACGUUUCAAAGCCAUUCUGGCCAAUUACCAUCCCUCGCUGCACACGCUACAAAGCUUACCCAAUUACAUUGUUCCCGUGCCAGGUUUACAUAUCCAAGGACCACAGAAGCUUAACGAAGAUGUCUUGAAGUUUGUGGAGAGCUUCAAAAAGGAAGUUAUUCUGAUUGAUAUGGAGAAGAACCUAUUGGAUUCGGAUCAUAGCCAGGCCCUCUUGGAUGUCAUUAAACAAUUUCCCAAUAAUGGUUUUGUGUGGAUUAAUGCCAAGGGCAAGGUGUCGGGAAAGAAUGGCGGUAAAAACUUGCUGCAGUUGAACAAUGUGGAGGCUGGACAAAUAUUAGGUCAUGACAAGGUUAAGUGUGCAAUAGUGUUACCCGAACUUUUGAACGUCCAGGAGGCAUUAUACCAUGGUGUAACACCAUUGACCAUUACAACUUCUCCGGAACAAAGAUAUCUUGCCCAAAGGCUAUUGGAACGCAAACUUGGACUCAACCUGGAGCUCUAUAAAUUCGACAAAACCCAACUUCACGAUACCCUAAAAUCCUGUCUCAAUGACAAAACGCUACACAAAAAUGCCCAACAAUUCUCUGCAUCGUUGAAGAAACAACCAAAUCCUUCACUUGAGACAGCCAUAUGGUGGGUGGAACAUAUCUCAGAAAACCCUCAGGCCCAGGAUCAUUUAUUAGAUGCGAAAUCCAGCCUUAGUUUCCUGGCCCUGCGUGGUCUCGAUAUUCUCUUGGUUGUGGAAAUUUUCCUGGUCCUCUGUGCCGUCAACUCGGUUUUCAUUUUGCGGCAAACAUUUUUAAAUUUCAAAAAUGCCGCCCAGAAGGCAAAAGCCAAGGCAAAGAAAAGUGUCAAUGAGAGAGCUGUGGAUGUUGUCAGGAAAGAGAAGAAAUUGAGUGCUGACAAGAAGGAGAAAAAGGCGAAAGCAAAAACUUCUUAAAGACUGAGGAAUAUUUUUUAUUAAA